UACAGUUAAUUUCUCUUGCAAAAGUGAAGGUAAAAACAGAUCCAAGUCUGACAGAAAGAUACUCCUUGUAUCCCUUUAUUUUUCUGUAUAGGCAGUAGGCACAGCCAAGAUUGGAUAUAUACUAUUAUACCCCAUAUCUACAGGUAUAUCUACGAAAGCAGCCAUUCUACAUGUUCAUGUAUCCCCAAGAUCGGAUACCCUAUUUGUCAUGCUCUCAGUAGCUAAGCCUCCAUGGUUCCCAUAGACCCAUACCGCAUCAUGACGCUUUCAACACCCUUGACUUCAUUUAUGUAAACUUGUUGCCAUCUUGUCCACAACUGCGAGUGGCAGGGACGAGGAAAAGCGCAGUUAACGGACACCCAUUCCUCCGGGAUUCCUGUACAAAGCAUUUAGAGAUCUCAAGCUUUUAUGCUGACAGGCAUCCAGUAAGUUGGCAGCAGUUUCAGGAAGUUGCUGCUUCCAUACAAAACUGGUCCUAUACACUUGCCAUCCAAACCGCAGUCCUUCCCUUUGCCUUCGUAUCUGCGCACCUGUGUGCGUCUGCGAGUUUGUGAUGGCUUCUUCUCCCGGCAGAGCCGUGUUCUUCCUCGUGCUCUUUCUGGUGCUACUAGGUGACCUCCACUGCUGUUCUGGUUCUCAGGUCUGUUUUGCCUACUCCGAUGCACUCCAUUGCUUCAUUGGAUUGUCUCCAUGCUUGCUAACUCUUCUAUGCCGGUCUCUUCAUGAGUUCUUGAGGUCUUCCCAUGGUGUAACCCUUUCCAAAUGGAUGUCAACUUCAGGUGUAUGUGGUUUACAUGGGCAAGGGGUUGCAGGGCGACAGUGAUCUUCAACACGACACCAGGAGGCUUCACUACCAGAUGCUGGCUGCUGUUCACGAUGGAAGGUCCGUGGAAAAAAAAUCAUAUCCAUUCCUUAGCUGUCGAUAUCACUCUAGCUUCCAGUGGAGUUAUAAGCUUGACUGGUUGCUUCGUCUCUCUCCACAGCUUGGAGAAGGCACAGGCAUCACAUGUCUACACUUACAGCAGCGGUUUCCAAGGAUUCGCGGCCAAACUGAACAAAGAACAAGCCAUGAAAUUAGCCGAGAUGCCUGGUGUCUUCUCGGUGUUCCCAAACACAAAGAGGAGACUGCACACCACCCAUUCGUGGGAUUUCAUGGGCUUGUCCACCAAUGCAGAGGGUGAGGUCCCUGGAUUGUCUACCAAGAACCAGGAGAAUGUCAUUGUUGGGUUCAUUGACACAGGAAUUUGGCCAGAAUCCCCUAGUUUCAGUGAUCAUGGGAUGCCUCCAAUUCCUAAAAGAUGGAGAGGGCAAUGCCAAAGAGGAGAGGCAAAUUCACCAUCUAAUUUCACCUGUAACAGGAAGAUCAUAGGAGGUAGGUAUUACCUCAAUGGAUACCAAACAGAAGAGGGCGAUUCAAGUAAAAACGCCAUCAAAUUCAUAUCUCCAAGAGAUAGCUCAGGGCAUGGCAGCCAUACUGCCUCAAUAGCAGCUGGAAGAUUUGUCAGAAACAUGAAUUAUGGAGGUUUGGGCACAGGAGGAGGCCGGGGAGGAGCUCCCAUGUCAAGGAUUGCUGCCUAUAAGGCCUGCUGGGAUUCUGGAUGUUACGAUGUCGACAUUCUUGCAGCAUUUGAUGAUGCCAUCAGAGAUGGUGUUGACAUUAUAUCUGUGUCUCUAGGCCCAGACUAUCCUCAGGAUGACUAUUUCAGGGAUGCCAUAUCCAUCGGCUCAUUCCAUGCAACAAGCAAUGGAAUACUGGUUGUUUCUUCUGCAGGGAAUGCUGGGAGACAGGGCUCAGCAACUAACCUUGCACCAUGGAUGCUCACAGUAGCUGCAGGAACAACCGAUAGAUCCUUUGUCUCAUAUAUCAGACUGGAAAAUGGCACCUUCAUAAUGGGUGAGAGCUUGAGUACGUACCACAUGAAAACUUCUGUUAGAACUAUUCCGGCUUCAGAAGCCAAUGCGGGCUAUUUCACCCCCUACCAAUCCAGCUUUUGUCUGGACAGCUCUUUAAAUAGGACCAAGGCCAGAGGAAAGAUUCUUAUUUGCCGCCGUACUGGAGGCUCCUCUGAAUCUCGCCUAUCAACGAGUAUGAUUGUUAAGGAAGCUGGUGCAGCUGGGAUGAUUCUCAUUGAUGAGAUGGGGGAUCAUGUUGCUACUCACUUUGCUGUUCCUGGAACUGCUGUUGGGAAAGAAAUGGGUGACAAAAUUCUUUCUUACAUCAAGAGUACGAGGCAUGCCAGUACAAAGAUCUUGCCAGCAAAGACGAUCAUAAGGUUGAGAUAUGGACCACGGGUAGCAGCAUUCUCUUCAAGAGGUCCAAGUUCAUUAACACCUGAGAUUCUCAAGCCGGAUGUCGCUGCUCCUGGGCUGAACAUCUUGGCAGCUUGGUCUCCUGCUAAGAAGAACAUGCACUUCAAUAUUCUAUCAGGAACUUCCAUGGCAUGUCCUCAUGUCACAGGAAUAGCGGCACUAGUCAAAAGUGUAUAUCCAUCAUGGAAUCCUUCAGCCAUCAAAUCAGCAAUCAUGACAACAGCAACUGUACUGGAUAAGAAAAGAAGAACCAUAGCCACGGACCCUGAUGGAAAGGCUGCAACCCCCUUCGACUUCGGCUCGGGUUUCAUGGAUCCCAUCAAAGCUCUGAACCCAGGGGUCAUAUUUGAUGCACAACCUGAAGAUUACAGGUCAUUCUUAUGUGCUAUAAGCCAUGACGACCACUCCUUGCAUCUAAUAACCGGAGACAACGGUACCUGCACCCACAGAACCUCCUCUUCUGCUACUGCUCUGAACUACCCAUCAAUUACCAUACCACACCUGAAGAGGAGCUACUCAGUUACUCGAACUAUGACAAAUGUGGGCAAUCCAAGGAGCAUUUACCGUGCUGUGGUGUCUGCUCCUCGAGGCAUCAACGUAACAGUGACACCAGAAGUUUUAAACUUUGAGAACUACGGUGCAAAGAAGACUUUCACAGUUAGCUUCCAUGUGAAUGUGCCUCCUCGAGGUUAUGUUUUCGGCUCUUUAUCUUGGCAUGGAAACGGAAGAGGUGCUCAUCUGACGAUGCCCUUGGUAGUGAAAGUCCAAACUUCUGACAAGGCUUGAUUUGAGUUGAUCAACUAGUCAGGUACUUGAAAGAGGUUGCUAGAUUUAGGCUACAACUACAGUGUAAAGAGGUAGAACUGAUUAGAUGAAAAGCUAACCGCAAUCAAUUUGUAUUAGUGGCAUUUGAUUUGUAAAUGUGUUGGCUAGAAUGCAACCACCUCCAGAACAGGAUUUUUUUUUCAUGAUGAUUUGUGUAAGAUUUGUGGAUCGAUCCCU